GCCGCGGCAGCCCCAGCCCCGCUCCCACCCCCUCGCCUGCCUCCACCCUCCUUCCCUUUCUCUCGCUCACUGGGCGAGAGCGCUGUGCCUCCUUUCCCGGAUGGCAGCCGGCAGCGCCAUGCAGCCUCCCGUUCCUCCUCCUCCUCUGCCUCCUCUCCGGCUGUAAGUUAAUGCCAUGCUGCCGCUGCUCUUCCCGGCACUGCUGGCCGCCUGCCUGCCGCCCUGCCAGGGCUGGAGCCCCUCGCCGGCUGCCAGCGGGCAGGAGGAGCAGGAGCAGGAGCUCUUCUUGCCCCCUGCCAACUCCUCCUCCCGCUCCUUGGCCAGCCUCGAGAUGGACCUCGACGGGGCAGCGAGCAAGGAGGAAGGCAGUACCGACAGCCCGGGCACGCCGGCUGCCCCUAGCCAAGAGCCUUUCCCUUCCGCUCCCACCACGUCCGGGCAGGAGCAGCCGGGGCAGGAGCAGCCGGGGCAGGAGCAUCAGCAGCGUCCCCAGCCGCAGGGGCAGCCGCAGCCCGCCGAGGACCCGCACUGCAACAUCAGCGUGCAGCGGCAGAUGCUGAGCUCGCUGCUGGUGCGCUGGAGCCGCCCGCUGGGCAUCCAGUGCGACCUCCUGCUCUUCUCCACCAACAGCCACGGGCGAGCCUUCUUCUCCGCCGCCUUCCACCGCGUGGGGCCGCCGCUGCUCAUCGAGCACCUGGGGCUGGCGGCCGGCGGCGCCCAGCAGGACUUGCGCCUCUGCGUGGGCUGCAGCUGGGUGCGGAGCAGGCGGGUCGGGCGGCUGCGGGGCACCGCGCCCCAGCCACAGCCCCAGCCCCAGCCACAGCCCCAGCCCCCCGCUGCCGCCGCCGCCGCCUCCUCCUCCUCGCUUUCCUACCCGCCGGCGGCCGAGCCCGGCCAGUACUGGCUGCAAGGGGAGCCGCUGAAUUUCUGCUGCCUGGAUUUCAGCCUGGAGGAGCUGAAGGGCGAGCCGGGCUGGCGGAUGAACCGCAAGCCCAUCGAGUCCACCUUGGUGGCGUGUUUCAUGACUCUGGUCAUCAUCGUGUGGAGCGUGGCCGCCCUCAUCUGGCCCGUGCCCAUCAUCGCGGGGUUCCUGCCCAACGGCAUGGAGCAGCGCCGCGGCACCGCCGCCAGCACCGCCACCGCCGCCGCCGCCAAGUAGCCUCUGCCGGUGACCCCCUGCUCUUCGUCCUGUGCCGUGGAGGGACGCGGGACGGACUCUGUCGCGUUUUUCUUGUUUGCAGCGUGCCACAGGUGCGCGGCGGGACGUGGGGCCGCCUCCGCGCCCGGCCCGGCCCCGAGGGCAGCGGCCCCGAGGGGACCGAAUCGUAUGUGCGCGUUUUAUAUCUUUAAUACCCGUUUUAAACGAACCUUUUAGUAAAAAAAAAAAAAAAACAAAACCAAAAAAACGAAAAAAAAAAUCAACCCACCAAACAACCCCCCUCCCCUAGGAAAAAAAAAAAAAGGCAAGCAAGAAAAAGCCCCCCUAAAAAUUCUAUGGAGGAAAUCAAAGACCCUCCUAUUCGGCUGCAUUUGUUGUCAGAGUAGCGUUUUUGUAUAGGGUAUGGUUUGAACGGGUUUUUCCUUUAUGGACAGAAAGGGAUAUCUCUCUCUUUGACAGAAUGGAGAAGCGAUGUGGUAUAUAUAUUGUUACUGCUGAAGCUGAACUUUAAUGAACCUUUCACACUUAAUUUCCUGGUUGAGAUAGUGUGUAUUUAUUAUUGUAGCUCCGCGUUAUUUGGCUUUUAAUACAGAGGUUUUCUUUGUGGAGCCACUGUAGCCUUUUGUUGGUCUGUUUCCUCCAGGGUGGAACAGAGGGUUUGGCUGGCCUUCCUGUCUGCAAACCUGCCACGAAGCUCCUUUCCCCGUGAAAUGGUGUUACCAGAGCUGCUGGUGGCAAAAGGAGAAUCCCAGAGCUGGGAUUUCUGACUGGGGUUUGCCCUAUCUGUGCAGCAGAUGUGGGUCUGAAUGCCCACACCAGGGUUGGGUGGAGAGGGGUGGGGAGCACAGCUGUGCUACAGAUCCUCCAAAGCAAUUUCAUCUGUACGUCUCCACAGACUACGGCUUUCUCCUCGGUUUGAGGUUGGGUGGCUUCGGUCCUGGAAAGGUGAGGCCCACUCUGAGUUGUGCUAAACAGUGUGGGGCAAGUCUCUUGACUUGCUCAAUGUUCAUUCCUCAAAACCAGCUUGGAUGCAGUGUAUUUGUUGGAGACACAGUAAUACUGUACCUCUUUUUCAUCUACCAGUCUGCAGGGUUGCUCACAGCAAGUCUGUGGGGUGAGAAGGCAGGAGCUGCCAGUCCAGAACUAGAUUCCAGCUGCCAGUCCAGAACUAGAUUCCAGCUGCUGCUGUGCAAGGGUGCAAAGAAGAAAGAUUUCUUUCUCUUGUUUGAGCAGACAGUUGUGUAGCCUGAAAUAUCAUUUGUUGUAUACUUCCAGCUGUUUAGCCUUAUAAAAAGUUGUUUCAUUUGCCUUAGACAUGAUUAGUCCAGCUGAAGUCUCUAAAACCAAAAUAAGAGCUAAGUGACAAAUAUUCGCCAUAGGAAUGCUCAUUUUUUGUCAACAUCGAUGUAUUUUAUUUGCUAGGAAGGCAUGAAUUUGCUUGGGGCUAAUUUGGUGUUUUUGUUAUGUAUGGUGGAAAUGACUGGAUAGAAAGGCUGGAGGGAUUAAAUUCUUAGGAUUCCCAUAUUUUUAACUGACAACAAAAUAAAAUAAAUGCAUGCUCUAUGGGUAUGCUGUCUGGACAAAAAAAAAAAAAAAAAAAAAAAAAAAAAGAGAGAGAGAAAAA